CUCACCACCCUCACCCCACCCCACACCGCACCACACCACAUCAUCGUCACGAUGGGCAAGGAACACGUCAUCCACACCGACGGCGCCUGCCGUAACAACGGGCGCGACAACCCUCAAGGCGCAAUCGGCGUCCACUCUGAGCGUGGCAGCAUCUCUGAGCGUCUUCCCGCCUCCAUGGAACGUCACACCAACAACAUGGCUGAGCAUGCGGCCAUCAAUCGCGGCCUCAAGUCCGCUCCCUACGACAACAACCCCGUAGUCAUCAAAACGGACUCGGAGCUCUGCCAAAAGACUUUUGGCGGGGGCUGGGCACAGCAGUGGGAGCGCAAUGGCGGGCGCACGGCUGGAGGCAGCAAGCCAGCCAACUACGACUUUGUGCAGGACACAAUGAAGGAGGUCAACUAUCGCAGGUCCCAGGGACAAGAUGUGCGCUUCGAGCAUGUGAGGGGCCAUGCCGGUGACAGCGGAAAUCAGAGGGCGCAUGACCUCGCUCAGCAAGGACUUGGGCAGGGAGCACCUCAGUACAAGUACGGGGGCCGCUACUAGUUUCGCGGCACCCGCACGGGCACAGCUUCAGACUCAACCCAAACGUGAUCUCGUCUACAAUUCCUCGUCUCACGCCGUUUCGUACCCUGUCGCUUGACACACUGUACUUCAGCGGCAGCACAAGCAGCGUUGCGUCGAGAUGAUCCAUCUGCUCCUUUCUCCUCUCUCUCUGUAUAUCCAACUCAAUGAGCGACCAGGGCUGCCGAAGCGCUCCCUCGCCGCUAUUCUUUCUCGCUCAAGAGCUCUCAUCCCAGUCAAUCAAAACAGC